AUGUUGGCCAGAAAGAGCAUCAUCCCCGAGGAGUAUGUGCUGGCGCGCAUCGCCGCGGAGAAUCUGCGCAAGCCGCGCGUCCGAGACCGCCUCCCCAAAGCCCGCUUCAUCGCCAAGAGCGGGGCAUGCAACCUGGCGCACAAGAACAUCCGCGAGCAAGGGCGAUUCCUUCAGGACAUCUUCACUACCUUGGUGGACCUGAAAUGGCGCCACACGCUGGUCAUCUUUACCAUGUCGUUCCUCUGCAGUUGGCUGCUCUUCGCCAUCAUGUGGUGGCUCGUGGCCUUUGCCCAUGGGGACAUCUACGCUUACAUGGAGAAAAGCGGAAUGGAGAAAAGUGGUUUGGAGUCCACUGUUUGUGUGACUAACGUCAGGUCUUUCACCUCUGCUUUCCUCUUCUCCAUUGAAGUUCAAGUGACAAUUGGAUUUGGAGGGAGAAUGAUGACAGAGGAAUGUCCCCUGGCCAUCACAGUUUUGAUUCUCCAGAACAUUGUGGGUUUGAUAAUCAACGCAGUCAUGUUGGGUUGCAUUUUCAUGAAAACAGCUCAGGCUCACAGAAGGGCGGAAACCUUGAUUUUCAGCCGCCAUGCUGUGAUUGCCGUUAGAAAUGGCAAGCUGUGCUUCAUGUUCCGAGUGGGUGACCUAAGGAAAAGUAUGAUCAUUAGUGCCUCAGUGCGCAUCCAGGUGGUCAAGAAAACAACCACACCUGAAGGGGAGGUGGUGCCUAUUCACCAGCUGGACAUUCCUGUUGAUAACCCAAUUGAGAGCAAUAACAUUUUUCUGGUAGCCCCUUUGAUCAUCUGCCAUGUGAUUGACAAGCGCAGCCCCUUGUAUGAUAUCUCAGCAACUGACCUUGCCAACCAAGACCUAGAGGUCAUAGUGAUUCUCGAAGGAGUGGUCGAGACUACUGGCAUUACCACACAAGCAAGAACCUCCUAUAUCGCCGAGGAGAUACAAUGGGGCCAUCGCUUUGUGUCCAUUGUUACUGAGGAGGAAGGAGUGUAUUCUGUGGAUUACUCCAAAUUUGGCAACACUGUUAAAGUAGCUGCUCCAAGGUGCAGUGCCCGAGAGCUGGAUGAGAAGCCUUCCAUCCUUAUUCAGACUCUCCAAAAGAGUGAACUAUCCCAUCAAAAUUCUCUGAGGAAGCGCAAUUCCAUGAGAAGAAACAAUUCUAUGAGGAGAAACAACUCUAUUCGAAGGAACAACUCAUCCCUCAUUGUGCCAAAGGUGCAAUUUAUGACUCCUGAAGGAAAUCAAAACACAUCAGAAUCAUGACAGCAAGACAACCUCAAGAAAGUCUUUUAUCAAGUUUUGAUAGUUUGUGCAAAGCACUGUCAGACUAUUCCAGAAUGGAAACACAGUAAAUUGUCCUUCUAUAUCUUCAUGCACUAGAUGAUACUCAUAUUCAAGCAACAGCACUUUCUGUGUCAAUAAACAGUAACACACAAGGUGGAGGAUUCAUGGCUGACACUUGUUUCAUACAUGCAGUAUUUGCAGUUAUAUUAUGUAUAGGAAACAGUAUGUUCUCAUUUUUCUCCAUUUGAAACCCAAGAAUCGCAUAAUAGACCUUGAAUAUAAAAGUUGGCCAAGGAAUGAUCUGUUCAAAAUGCUUAGAGGUUAAAACCACUAAAAGAGGUUAAAACAGAUUUCUCUGUUUCUGUUGGUCACUCUGGAAAUGCAAAUAGGAUAAAGGAUGGAAACCCAAAAUUUUGUUGUUAACACCUUUUGUAUAUCAACCAGUAUGUUAUGUUGCCUUCUUCUUGUUUUUUUUCCCAGAUACCGUACCUGGUGAGAGGCCUGAGGCAAAACCUGCUGGUCUCUAGUUGCUUCUAAACAGGUCUGUUCAGUUACUUCUUCACAAUGACCUUUGCAGGUUUCCUCAUCCUCCUGAUGGCAGCCUAUUGGUGGAACUGGGCAAGGAGCUUUAGAGAAAAGUAAGAGCAUUCCUGUCCCAUUUAGGACUGGAUUGCUAAAAGUGACAGUUACUUUUUUGGCUUCUCACUUCUUACAAGCCCCCAUAGGGAAAUACUGUAUUGAAUAUUUUAUUAAAAUAUUUUCUUUGUA